AUGGGAUCCUCAGAGACGUUUGUGCGCACUACUGAUGUCUUCACCUGGGAAGAGGCUCAGCAGUACUGCAGGCUGCACCACACGGACCUGGCCAGUGUGAAAGACGCAACCCAAAACAGCCAAAUCCAAGCCCUGACCCCCUCCGGCAAUGUCUGGAUCGGCCUCAGGAGGCAGUCCUGGACGUGGCUGGAUGGAAACAACUCCACUUUCUCCUACUGGAAAACCCAAGCUCCAGUGCAGCCCAACAAUAAAGACUGGCGUGAGCAGUGUGUGGUGGCAAACUUCGAGGACGGAGGAACAUGGGAGGACUGGAACUGUGACAAGAUGAGGCCUUUUAUCUGUUACGGCCAGCCUGUAAAGAGAUACAGAAUAAAGCUACAGCUGAAAACAACCUCUGCAAAUCCAAAUGAACCUGUGGUGACAGAUCAAGUGCUGAAGCAGAUCAAACAAUACCUGGAGAACGCCAACGCCACUGAACUGCUCAAACUCAGCUGGACUAAGGACACCGAUGGAAAUGUUUUUAACAAAACAGACAAAACUAUCAGAGAGGAAACAGUAGUGAGCUGA